AGUACACUAGUUGAAUGCAGUACUUGAUGCUCAUUGCUUGCAUACGUCGGCUGUGACUUCAUGCUCGUUUUUUUUUUAAUCCAUUGCACGUCCGGUGGCUCCUGGGUAAAAAGAAUGGAUACAUCGAAGAAGAAGAAGAAGAAGGAAGGGGGAGAAGAUACCAACCACACAAAUACCGAGUUCGCUCGGUGAAUGCUUUAGAAACAAGCAAGACGAGAGUGAUGAUGCCUUUUAUGUCAUCUUCAUGGAGCAUAAAUGGAUAUUUUUUGUCUCGAAGCUGCGGUGUGUCUUCAGUUGUCGCGGGGAAGCUUAAACGAGGAAGAUGGGCUAAAUCACACGAAGGAUCGAGUAAUAACGGAGGCAGAAAUGACGGACCUGCCAUCAUUCCGGCGUCUGAUCUUUCCAGAGGACUAAAGUGCGAGUCCGUGACGGCGGGCUAAUAAGAAUACGAUGAACAUCACGGUGACGCCAUCCGACCCGACGGAUGUGCCCAAGCAGGCGAACUUGAACGGCAGCCAGGCGUCACACGACCCCCCAGCCUGGGCGCUCAUCCACACCGCCACCCUGAGCAUCUGCUCCUUGCUCCUGGUCUUCAUCUUCUGCUUGGGUUCCUACGGCAACCUUGUGGUGUUCCUGUCCUUUUUUGACCCGGCGUUCCGCAAGUUCCGUACCAACUUUGACUUCAUGAUCCUUAAUUUGUCCUUCUGCGAUUUGUUCAUGUGCUGCGUGACGGCGCCCAUGUUUGCGCUGGUGCUGUACCUGGAUGCGGGCGGGGGGGACGGCGUGUCCAAGAGCUUCUGUUUCGCCUUCCACCUGACCAGCUGCGGGUUCAUCAUCAUGUCCCUGGAGACGGUGGCCGUCAUCGCCCUGCACCGCCUGCGGAUGGUCCUGGGCCAGCAGCCCAACCGCACCGCCUCCUUCCCCUGCACCCUGGCCCUCACCGCCCUGCUGUGGACGUCCAGCUUCACCAUGGCCGCCCUGCUCACCAUGCGGGCGUACCCUCGAAGGGACGGCCCCUGCUUGCCCCACUUUGGCCUGGGAGGGGGUCGGGCCCGGCCGGUGCUGUACGCCUACCUUGCUGACUUUGCUUUUUGCGUUGCCGUGGUGACCGUGUCCUAUCUGAUGAUCGCUCACACCCUGAAGAAGAACGCGCAAGUGAGGAAGUGUCCCAUCAUGACUGUGGCCGCCAGGUGCACCCCGACGCCUCCGCCCCUGGUGGCCCCGAGCUUUGAGGGCGUCCAGUGCAGCACUCAGGGCCCCCCCUUGUACCGGAAGCUACAGAACGUCAAGACGCACUCCUACGCCAACGGGCCCACCCAAGCUUUGGUCCCAGGGGCGGCCCAGGGAGCAACGUGCUGCCAGCUGGUGUCCACGGUCAACCUGGCCACCGCCAAAGACUCCAAAGCUGUGGUCACCUGCAUCGUCAUCGUGUUCUCCGUCCUGCUGUGCUGCCUCCCGAUGGGCGUGUGCUUGGCGCAGGACGUCCUGUCGCCGGAGAGCAACUUUGCUCACUACCAGUUCGAACUGUGCGGCUUUGUGCUCAUCUUCCUCAAAUCCGGCAUCAACCCGUUUGUGUACUCGCGCAACAGCGCGGGCCUGCGGCGCCGUGUGCUCUGCUGCAUGCACUGGGCGUCGCUGGGGCUGCUUUGCUGCAAGCACAAGACACGCCUGCACGCCAUGGGCAAGGGCAGCCUAGAGGUCAACCGGAACAAAUCCUCUCACCACGAGACCAACUCGGCUUAUGUUCUCUCGCCGAAGGCCCAGAAGAGGCUGGUGGACCAGGCUUGCGGGCCCAGUCAAUCCAGGGAUUGCGGCGCCAGCCCCAGAAACGCGCGGAGGCCUCGUCCCGCCAGCACGUCCACGCCCAUCAACACCCGCAUUGAGCCGUACUACAGCAUCUACAACAGCAGCCCCUCGGUGGGGCCCAGCUCGCCCACCAGCCUCCAGCCUGCCAGCUCGCAGACGUUUGCCUUCGCCAAGUCCUACGUGGCCAUGCACUACCACACCCAUCACGACGCCCUGCAGGACUUUGAGAGCACCUCGGUGCAGCAGAUCCCCGUCCCCUCGGUCUGAGUUUCAUUUGGGAUCAGAGUUGGUUUCUGCAGCGACAAGUUAGUGGCUUUGAUUUUUAAUCAAUUCCGUCCCAUAUGAAGAUUUUUAUUAUUAUUUAUUUUUAUGAAUACAUUUCACGUAUGGAUUUUUUUCAUUACUUUUACUUCAUUCCGAGUCCCUUGGCCUUGAUACACGCACAUGCGCACCAAGUUUGGUCCUACUUUGUUAUGCUCGAGUGGUUCAUACACGUCAUGCAAUGUCACGACACCACCACAAGAGGGAGCCCUUCAGUUGAAGAAUGGCUGUAAUGCGCCUGAAGGGAAUGUGUCAGACCCGUGAUUGACAGGUGAUCAAUCACCCAGGAUAUUAUAAACAGUAUAGAAAAUGGAUGCAGUGUUGACCGUGACGAUAAAACAGAUUUUUCCAGAUUUUUCAGUAUUUCUGAUGUUCCUCUGAAUCCACCUGCUUUGUUGCUCAUGCUGGUGCUGCUGGAGGCCUUCAGGGCUGCUGGGACGUUUGUGCUUUUCAACACAUUUAUUUGUGGAUCUCAUGCACACGUUUUAACCCAAUAAAUGUUUGGCAAGUGCAGUGCUCCCGGUGUAUGGUAGAAUUAUUCUCACAUGUUCUUUUUUUAAACGUUUAUUUAAAGCGUCUCAUUUGUCAAGUAGUCAGUGAGCGUACGUGUUACCAAGCAAAGCAUCUUUUUGGAGUUUUUAUGCUUUACGUAUUAUUUGUUAGUAGUAUAUAUUCAGUGAACAUGAAGUGUUUUAUUGUUGAAUUGUGCGUAGGAAGAAGGGAGUUCCUGUUAAAAAAAAAAAAAACUUGGAUGAAUGGACGGUAGUGUGGGGGCCCACUUUGAUAUUUUUAUAUAUUUGUAAAAUUUUGUAAAAAAGCUACAUUUCAACCUUUGUCUCGAAAUAUAUACAUAUAUAUAUUUCAAGACAAAGCUUUGUGUAUUAUUACUAUCAACAUUUAAACCUUUUUUUCCUUUUGUGAAUUUGUUUGUUGUAGUUUUAAUUGUACUUCUUCCUACAAUGUGCCUCAUGCCAAUAAAUUUGUGGGCUGCGAAUACGAGUUCCAUCAGAGACAAACGAUAUCACGGUUCAAUUACCGCUUUCAGAAAUUGAUCAAUAAAUAAACAAUCACUGUUUCAUGGUAGGCUAUAGUCCAUUAUUAUUAUUAUUAUUAAGUGAUGUGUGGUAUUCUGGUCACUAGGUGGCAGUAAUGAGCUAUUACCUUACAUUACAUUACCUUAACACUGCAUGAAGGCAGCUGUGGCGUGUCCGACAUGCCGUCAACAGGUUUUCUAUGCUAUGAUUAUGAAUAUAUGAUACACAUACACAUAUGUAUUAUCCAUAGAUUUGCUGGAACUGAUUUCAACCCUUCCUUUUGCU